GUCACUUCAAAAGAAAACCAAAAGACGGAGUGGACUCAUUUCACCUCCCGACUGCCUUUGGGGUUCAUGUUCGACGUCUGAUGGUUUUUCUCUUACUUAAAAAUAACUAGGAAAAAUGUUUUUCCAUUUGAUUCUUUUGGUUGUUUCUGUGAUGACGUUCCUGGCCAGCUCCAAUAAGCACACCUGUGAUAAAAACUGUGCAGAUAAACCUCGGUUCACUCCAUCCAGACUGGUGGUGCAGUUUGGGAAGCCGACCUCCGCCCUCUGCUCCGUGUGUCAGCCUGGAUGCAUUGUCACUGAAUUUGGUAUCGAAAACCCUGUUGGAUGCUUGGCAAAAAAUGGAACUGAGAUUACAUGGAGGGUCAAGAAAAUGACUGAGUGGAUCAAUUCUCUAUCGUGCUAUUAUACCAAUGGCACUACUUUUGUGCAGUGUUGCAGCGACCUGCCUAUAACUGUCUACAAGCCUCCAGAUAAUGUUUCCUUUAGCGUUCACCCUGAUGUGCGGAUGUUUGCGGGUCAGCAGUACACUCUGCAGUGUGAAGUACAGGAGGUUGCUCCUGUGAAAAACCUCAGAGUGACUUUCUACAGAGGACAGACGGCACUGGGUGAACUAAAGAGCAGUAAGAUUAAAAAAGACGACCCGACACCAGUGAGUGAGGUCUUCACUUGGAACAUCACCUCCACUAAAGAAGAUGAUGGAGUCGAGUUCUGGUGUGAAGCAAAGCUGGAGCUGGGAGCUGAAGGACCACAGCCUCCUCCAGUGGUGGAGUCAGAGAAACUCACUGCUGCUGUCCACAGGAAGGGGUGGGGGGCAGGGGGCAGAGGGCAUAGGUAUAAAGCUCACGGCUCGCCACUGCCUCUGACGCUGAACUGCUCUGUGGGAAACCCCCCACCAUCGUAUACAUUGACGCCCCCGUCAAGAAUCCCUUCCCCCUCCAGUGGCAGCGUCUUCUUCAUCAACUGUAUAACUCAUGCAGAUGAAUGGUUGUACACCUGUUACGUCAGCAAUGAAAAAGGAUCAAUCACUGUUGAGUUUAACGUGACGGUCCAAGAUUUGGAGUUACCUUCAACCACACUGCCGACAACAACAACAUCAACCUCAUCCACCACAAUGAUAACAACAACAUCAACCUCAUCCACCACAAAGACAACAACAACAACAACAACAACAACAACAACAACAACAACAACAACAACUCCAAACAGAGCCGACAACCUCGCUCUCAUCAUAGGUCUGGUGGUAGCAGCUGUUCUUCUGGCUGUCAUUGUGGGGUUGACUGUAUUCAUCAGUUACCAUAGAUACUAUAAAAAGGGAGCGUACAACCUGGGGGAUCGUAUUCGUUUACACACAACACACAGUUCUAUUCCCACUGCUGAGUAAGUCUGCUGGAGACCAUGGUUGCAGUCGAAUAGUCAAAAAAUCAGCUCCUAUCGUAUUUUCCUAUCCAUUAUUCCUUGACCUCUGUGUGAAGCGUCACGGGGUUAAGGGAUAGUGGAUAGAAGAAUUAAAAAGGACUUGGGAAAAGAGACUGCGGUGCUUUGAGAAUCCGACUGCACUUUCACUAUCCGACGUAUUUAUGAUGCGCCAGCGGACGUCAUGAAUGUGCGUCUGCUGUGGGGAAACUACAGUUUUCUAUACAGCGGACUACAACAUGGAUGUAGAAUAAGAACAGCGGACUACUGUAUUUUAUGAACGUGGACAACAGUGAAACAUAUAUUCUUCAUGAACAAGGUUGGAAUUGUAAUAAAAAAAGUGAAGUGAAACUUAUGCUUGUCCACACGAAUCCCAAUACGUAUGAUUGUAUGAAAAGAUCUUAAAAUAAAUAGAAAUG